UCACCUCAGGGUCCCAUUUGAUUGGAAGGCGGCAAAGGCUUUAAUCUCGGACUAAUUCAGCUGCUUUUGAAGGUAGAUCGUGGAGCAGUUCGUACUUCGGGACUACAGAGCGAGGAGCUGCACACAGACGCAAGGAGCAGCGCCCAUGGUGCCAGACGCAGCCAAGGAUCUGCGAUCACAUCGCACGGGCUCCCUUCCAGCCGCCGCCGCGCCUCACUCCCUCACCUCCAGGAUUAUUACCGAUUAUUGAGCCAUUUGACGAUCUUUUCCCCCUUUUUUUGCUCACACCCCGAGAGAGAGAGAGAGAGAGAAAGAAAGAGAGAGAGAGCAGAGAGAGAGAGACAGGGGCUUGGUGUUUUUCUGAUUUCCUUAAUGAAUCUGACCAAAGCAUCGCCGUUUCAUUUCCUGACAAUUGGGACAUGAUCACGUCGCCCUCGUUGUCUGCCCUGAAAAAUAGUGAUAUUCGUGUAGCCUGGGAAAGCAGCAGCAGCCUCAGCCACAGCCUCAGCAGCCACAGCAGCAGCAGCAGCUCUCGGAAUAGCAGCUCAGCGAGCAUCAACAAGCCGUUUCUCCACUCCGCACCUCCGUGCGACCCACUCCGGCAAGCGAAGCGGCUUCCCAUCAAGGUUUUGAAAAUGCUUAGUGCCCGGUCAGGACACAUUUUGCACCCGGAGUAUCUGCAGCCUUUGCCUUCUACCCCGAUCAGUCCCAUUGAGCUAGAUGCCAAGAAAAGUCCGCUGGCUCUUCUGGCGCAGACCUGCUCGCAGAUCGGCAAACCGGACCCACCAUCCAAAUUAUCCUCAUCCAAUGGAUCUAGUGAAAAGGAAUCUAAAUCUGGCCCUUUGAAACUGAGUGACAUCGGUGUGGAUGACAAAUCUAGCUUCAAACCUUAUUCCAAACCUUCCGAUAAGAAGGACUCGUCUUCAGGCGGCUCAGGCGGAGAGAAGACUGGUUUCCGAGUGCCGAGCGCCACCUGUCAGCCGUUUACGCCGCGGACAGGCAGCCCCAACUCCAGCACUUCAGCCUCUCCUAUGCCAUCGGAGGGCAAAUGUGGGGACAGGGAUGACAAGAAAGAGUCUGAUUGUAAUAAAAAUGGCAGCAUGGACGGCUCUGGCACCACAAGCCACAGCAGGAUAAGCGUGAGCUGUGGUGGAAUUAACGUGGAGGUGAACCAACACCAGGAGACGACGCCUGGCACUAAAACCUCCUCCUCGGAGUCUCCCUCUGUAACUUCUGUAUCCUCCGCAUCCGUUCUCGGGUCAGGACUUGUGGCGCCGGUUUCUCCUUACAAACCGGGGCAGACAGUUUUCCCCUUGCCUCCUGCUGGUAUGUCCUACCCAGGUAGCUUGGCUGGGGCCUACGCUGGGUACCCUCAACACUUCCUGCCCCACGGAGGGAGCUUGGUAAACGCACAGCUGGCGAGUUCCCUGGGCUGCAGUAAGGCUGGAUCCAGUCCCAUGGCUGGUGCUUCUCCACCGUCCAUCAUGUCAGCCAGCCUGUGCAGAGACCCUUACUGCCUCAGUUACCAUUGUGCCAGUCACUUAGCGGGCGCAGCCAGCGCGAACUGUUCGCACGAAGCUGCAGCUGCAGCGGCCGCUAACGCCCUGAAGUCCAGCUACCCCAUAAUGUACCCGACACACCACAUGCACGGCGUCCACACCUCGGCGCCGUCAUUUAGCGGACACCCCUUGUACCCAUAUGGUUUCAUGCUCCCCAACGACCCUCUCCCACACGUUUGUAAUUGGGUGUCGGCGAAUGGACCGUGCGACAAGCGCUUCUCCUCGUCAGAGGAGCUCCUGAAUCACCUGAGGACACACACUGCUUUUACCGGGGCGGAGAAGUUGAUAUCUGGUUAUCCCGGGUCUUCGUCACUGGCCAGCGCCGCUGCAGCGGCCAUGGCCUGCCAUAUGCACAUGCCACAGUCAGGACCUCCAGGGGGUCCCGGGACUUUGGCUCUCAGGAGCCCGCACCACGCGUUAGGACUCAGUAGCCGCUACCAUCCGUACUCCAAAAGCCCGCUGCCAUCCCACGGUGGCCCGGUCCCCGUCCCCGCAGCCACCGGCCCUUACUACUCCCCUUACGCACUGUACGGCCAGAGACUCACCACAGCAUCAGCGCUUGGAUACCAGUGAGGAGAACAAGAGACUUUGAAAAGUUUAUAGUACUAAGAAUGCAAAUAUAAAGACUUUUAUAUUAACUGCGCUAAAAACGUUAUGGACGGGAUCCGUGGACUUCAACUGUAUUUAUUUAUAUGUCGGCUAAAGAGCGGGCUAUAAUAGCUGCAAAUGGGGAAAAAAAAUAUUUGAGCAACUCAAAAAGUGCAUUAUGUUGAAACUGAGCUCUAUAGGUAAAGUGAAACACACACACACGCAUACAAACACACAAACACACAUGUUAGAGUACUAAUUAAAAGUAGGGGUCUUCAUUUCGAUGUUAAUUUGAAAUUGCUAUGAUUGUAUUUGUUCUUAUUUAAUGUCUCAAUGAGAAGAAAAAUAAUUUACAUGCAUGUUUGUUUCUUAAAUUUGAAGAAAAUAAGAAGUUGUCCACAUUUUAAAUUGCCGUUAUUUUUCAGGUGUACACCUUGGAAAGAGAAUUGGUAUUUUUUUGUAUGUAUUCUGGAAAAAAAUAAGAAACAAUUCUGUUCAAUAUAUAACUGUGUGCCUCCUUUU